UUUUAUAACCGUGCUAGUGCACCUUGAACUUCUCCUCGGAGCUGUUUGGGCUCUUUUCUCCUCGCACUUUUAUUAUAAAUAAGAUAAUUAACAUGUCUAGUUUUCCACAGUUACUUAGUGUCACGCGCUCAUCGGCCAGACGGUGGUCGCGUGGAGGAAGCUCAGAAAAGUGCGUCAGUUCGUGUUUGAAAGCGAACUUUCUGAGUUCGUCCACGGAGGUGUCAUCAAACCAUCAACACAGAGGCGGCUCCAAGUGCUACACAAGUUCUGCUGGGACUAAAACGGUCCGGAUCGGGUGCGCCUCCGGGUUCUGGGGGGACACCGCCACCUCAGUGCCUCAGCUGAUCUACAGCGGGAAGCUGGACUUCCUGGUGUUCGACUACCUCAGUGAGAUCACCAUGUCUCUUCUCACCGCCGCCAAGACCAAGAUGCCUAACCUCGGCUACGCUCCGGACUUCGUCCAGGUCGCUCUGGCUCCCUUCAUCAACGACAUCCACAGGAAAGGAAUCCGUGUGGUCAGUAACGCUGGAGGAGUGAACCCUCUGGCCUGCGCCGAGGCCAUACAGGAAGUCCUCAAAAAGGCUGGGCUUGACCUCAAAGUUGCCGUGGUGACCGGUGAUGACGUCAUGCCUCAUAGGAGCAGUCUGUCUGAAGUAAAGAUGGCCGACGGCGGCGACGGACGGACGUUACCGAAGACUCUUCACAGUAUGAACGCUUACCUCGGGGCCGAGCCGAUCCGCCGCUGCCUCGAUCUCGGAGCCGACGUCGUGGUGACGGGACGCUGCGUGGACAGCGCCGUGGCGCUGGGGCCGCUCAUGCACACCUUUGGAUGGAGAAGCAGCGACUACGACCUGCUCGCAGCUGGCAGUCUGGCGGGUCACCUGAUCGAGUGUGGAGCUCAGAGCACCGGAGGGAUCUUCACCGACUGGCACAAAGUUCCCGACUGGGACAACAUAGGCUUCCCAGUGGUCGACUGUUCCAGCGACGGCUCCUUCGUCCUCUCCAAGCCGCCCAACACCGGCGGCCUGGUCUCCUUCGGCACCGCCGCUGAGCAGCUGGUGUAUGAGAUCGGCGACCCGCGACGAUACCUGCUGCCUGACGUCAUCUGCGACUUCAGCCAGGUGGAGAUCCAGGAAGUAGCAGGUGUAGAAGGAGGUGCUGUCAGGGUCAGUGGGGCGAGAGGCUUCCCUCCAUCACACGACUACAAGGUUUGUGCCACCUACAUGGAUGGUUUCCGAGCCACGGCGGUGUGUCCUGUCGGAGGACCGAGAGCAGCAGAAAAGGCCCGACGGACCGCUGACAGCAUCAUCAAACGGACGAAGCGGAUGUUUAAGCAGUUGGGUCUGGAGGACUUCAGCUCAGUCAACGUUCAGGUCCUCGGAGCCGAAGACACGUACGGUCCCAACGCUCACAACAAGGGCUCCAGGGAGGCAGUGAUUUGGAUGGCUGUCCACCACAAACAGAAGAAAGCUCUGGAGAUCUUCUCCAGAGAAGUAGCUCCUGCAGGCACCGGCAUGGCUCCUGGACUCACUGGCAUCGUGGGCGGACGGCCGAGAGUGUCUCCUGUCCUGAAGCCGUUUUGCUUCUUGCAUCCUAAAUCUCAGCUGAAGGUGGACAUUCACCUUGGUGGACAGCUGGUUGAGUCCUUUACAGAGGCGGAACCAGACACACCUGAGCAGGAUGAAGCUCCGCCCACCCCAGCUGAGGAAAUACCUGACACAGACCUGCCCAGUGGACCACACAGCUACAGGCUGGAGGAUCUGGCAUACACAAGAAGUGGCGACAAAGGAGACUCGGCAAACAUCGGAGUUAUAGCCCGCCAUCCCCUCUUCUACCCUUACCUGAAGAAACACCUGACUUCCUCUGUGGUGGAGGAAUACUUUUCCCACCUCAUCGAGCAGGGAGUUCACAACGCUGUCACACGAUACACUCUGCCGGGGAUCCAUGGCCUCAACUUCGUCCUGCAGAGUUCGCUGGGUGGGGGAGGGGUGGCCUCACUACGCAGCGACCCCCAGGGUAAAGCCUACGGACAGAUGCUGCUGGACCUGAAGCUGAAAGGACUUCCUGACCUCAAAUCUCUGGUGGACUGAGACUCGCUUCUCUUGACAUGAACAGUUAACGCAAAGAGAUCAUUUAUGGAUCCACAUCCUUGAAUUAAAUAUUAAAAAAAAAACUUCAGGGCUUGAGAUGGUAAAACUUUUUGGAGAAUUUAUGGUAGUUUUAAUCUAAUAAUUUAAUAGAUUUACAGGAAUUAAUCUACAAUGCAAGCCAUAACAAAACAUCCAGGAAUUAAACCCCAUUUACUCCCUUCUCUAAAGAAAUAUCCUUACAGCAAUGAGUCAGUAGUCAUCUCAUGAGUCAUCUCUUACUAUAAACAACACUGAUGGGAAAAAAACAGGUAUUUCAGAUUUAAAUGUUAACACAUUAUCAAUGUAAGAAAUACCUUUAAUUUAUUUAGCCCUGAUAAAUCACAUCUGUGACUGGUCUGUGACUAAAAGUCAUACUUCCUAAUCUAAAUGAUUACCAGAACCUGAAACACCAUCAGUAUUACAAUUAGCAAGCAAGAAACUGAACAACAAACCAACAAAUCCAUGGAAAUUUAAAAUGGAAAGCUUUCCUCCUUAUGGAGUCAGUUUCAUGUGGGAAUCUCCAUCAUAUGAGUAAGAAAAUGAGUUUAUGAUGCUUUUGAUCAAAGUAUAAGAAAAAAGACUUUAACAAUGUUAAAGAGAAGCUUAAGGAAAGAUACACAACUCAAAAUAUGAUCUAAAUAUCAUAAAGUAACAGUGGUAGAAAAUCUAUGACUUAGGUCACGUGACCUUUGGCUAUUUUCCACCAAUCAUUCACAACAUUCAGAGCCCAUACAGGCGAAAUAAAAACAAUUAUCUUAUUAAUGUGGCACCUAGCAGUUGGUGGGAUGAGCACUACCAUUAGAUUUAAUGGGAAAGUGCAUCCAAUUUUUUUACUGGUUGUGUACGAGGCAGCAAGUUUACAUUUUUUUUCAUUUCUAUCAGCAAAACAAUGGGCAUAAAAAUUUUAUAGGCUUUAACAAGGAGCGUAAAUAGUGCAGCUCUAAUAGGUUCUUCUGGUCUGCAAUGGGCAGUACUUGCCAGAACUGGCAACACGGUCAUAGAGAGGCCAAGACUCAAGAAGUAGGACUCUUGUUUUGAGAAGCUGCUGUAGUUUAAAUUCAGAUACAACGGUGUCAGAAGAGGGUGCAUGGCAGUUUGUUGUGUUUAACAAGCAACGCAGAUGUAGCUGCAGACUGGUCAGGGUGAGUCAGCUGAAAGGGCCAGCAGUUGUAACUCAAGUAUCAGAACUGGCGGCUUCUUCUGAUAAAUCAUGUCUUCUUUUACACUGGGUGGACAGCUCGGUGAGGGUUUGCUGGAAAACCUCAAGUCCUGCUUUUCAUGUGGAUGUUAAUUCUGACACCUUCCUAAAUGUUGCUGACCAGGUUGCAUUGCCUGACUGUAGCGGCUUCUUUUAGCAAGGAAAUGCAUCUCACUACACAUUAACAGUCAUUUUAGGGCUGACUUUUCCUGCCCCAUUCACACUCGGUGGUGAUAAGCUAUAUGUCUAGCCACAUCUGGCGCAGAUUGACAGAAAAAAUUUCACCAAUCCACUCUCCAACCACCACCACACAUUCAUUCACCAUUGAUGCCGACACUGGAGGUAAGGAAGGUGAAGUGUCUUGUCCAAGAACACAACGAUAGAUUGACUGGUAUGAAGCAGGAUUCCAACUGCUAUUGGACAACCAACACUACAACCUGACCCACUGCCGCCCCAUUAGAUCCAUGAAGGACCCACCUCACAAGAUAAAGGAUUUGAAAAGAUCUGCUACCGAUUGCUUACUGCCAAAUACCAGGGCACACUGUCAGAGGUUUAAUAAAACCAAUACCUUAACACAAAGGACAGGACUUUUGGCUGAGUCCCUUCCUCAGCUAGAGCUAUCAGUGUAUAGCCUGUCUUUAUUUAUGUAGGAACCAAUGAUCUGCACUGUGGUGUUUCUCGGGCAUUUCAUUAAUGAAAUGGUCAUGCUUGUGUUGUUCUUACUCUCAAAUGUAAGUCGCUUUGGAUAAAAGCGUCUGUUAAAUGACUGUAGAAUAGAAUAAAUGGUUUAGGAACUGCUUUGCUAACGUAGUUCCAUCAGCUCUCUGACCUCACUAGACCCCGCAGUUCAUGACUAAGCAGUUUCUUUUUUAUUACUGACUAUGGAUAUAUUUUUUUUAAAUAUUGUAGUAUAGCAGAUUUUGAUUAACCCCAUUUGUUCACUUUGGGACCUGGUUAAGAAAAGUGUGUCUUCAGGCUCCAACCCCCCCACCCCCCAAUAGUAUUUUAUUUUUUUUAAGCUGGGUUUUUUUGUUCUUUGAUUAAAAAAUGGGCGAAGACGUUGGAACAUCAGUGCUUGUAGUGUCUGAAAGCUCCUGUAAAAGCAAAUGCCCGGUUGUUGUCAUCACUGAUAAUCUGAUCAAAGCAGCAGCUGUUUACAUCCCAGAGGCUGAGAUGUUCUUGUCCUCCUCCUUUUCUUUUGCUUCAGGGGAUCUGCCCUGACCUCUGACCUCUGAACUCCUUAGGACUGCAGAUCAGUUGUUUGUGUUUCCCUUAUAGCGGCGUUUCUCAGACACCCUACUUUAACACACCUGAAUCACAUGAAUGGCUCGCAAAGACUUGCAAAGAACUCGAUGAGGAAGUUCAAUCUGAAUCAGGUGUGUUGGAGUAGAAACAAAUCCUAAGACAUGCGGAACAGUGGGUCCUGAGGACCUGGCUUGAGAAACACUGCCUUAAAUCUUUGCUUUGGCUUCAAGAUGACCCAAUCAGAUAUCAGGAGACAGUCGUUGGCUUCAAAUCUAACAGCGUUCACCUCAACAUGACCUGGUUCUGACCAGCCACGCCACAGGAAUGCACGUCUCCUUCCACCAAAGCAACUCUCUGGCUUCCAGUCUGCUUAGUCAUAAUCACAACCAGGCUGAAGCUGUCGGAGUCCAGCCUCAGAUCUCAUCAUGCCUCCAUCAGCUGCUGCUUCUACAACUCUGUCCUGGCUCGUCAUUGUGGCAUGACCUUUCUCAUUGUCUAGGAAAAUUCUUUGCCUGCCGUUUCGCUCAUCUUUGACCUCUUUUUGAAAGACAUCUCACAGUUUGUUACCAAGUGUUUAAAGCUGCCCUAAAUACAGAAAAUCUGCAACGGUUGGUCUGAAAAAGGAGCCACAUUCAACUGAAACAUUACACAAACAGCGUUCCCUGUAAAUGGACAAUGAAAGACUUUGGAGCACAAUAAAACCAUAAUAAAUGUCAGCAAGACAAAUUCUUUCAGACGCGAAUUGAAAGCAGACCAAAAAAUCAGGCCAGUGAAGAAGGAAUCACACGGGAAAAGUGAAUCUGUCAGCUUGUGUUGUGGAGUUACAGAACAGACGUGCAGUGGAGAAACAGGCAGAGUGAGGUGUUAAAAUUAAAGCUUUAUAUCCCAGUUCCCAUAAAAACCCAAAGUGAAACGAAGUACAAGCCACAACUGUCGCCACUUUGCAUGGAAAAGAGGAAACAUGCUUCCAGCGUAAUAAUAAAAACAAGCUCUGUAAGCUAAACUGUGGUUGCACAUCUGUCCUACAUAUUCCCUCUCGACAAAUUACAAGGCGUUCCAGGCUGUUGAUGCUCAUUUUCUGGCAUAUUUUAGUCAUUUUGUCGUGAUAGACUUUCCCACAGCCAGUGGGUCAAAUCAUCAGAAUGAAAACAUCAAGGGAUUGUUGGGAAAUCUUUGUCAUUAUCAUCAUGUCUUGAUUGUUUGUCCCUUCAUCCUUUUAUUUGGAUGUGCUGGAACAACUUGAGGAAACAGUUAUAAAGUUUAAAGUUAUAAAAAAAAAAAAAAAAAAAACUUCAGACUGAUGAUCAGAAAUCACUGAAGUUGGAGUAAAAUGACCACCGAACAUUGAAAACUCUGACAUUAAACGCAUCAUAGUCUGCAUGAAUAAAUGUAACUUUGGGGCUGAUCAGCCACAUUUGACUUGUUCCACACAUUAGCUUUUAACUGGACCAGUGUCAUCUGCUUCACCUCAAAAUGCAGCGAGUCAUUAUUCCUCAGUGAGAUUUUCUGUUUGUCUCAAACCAAGCUAAAGGCCUCCUCUGGUUCAGAUAUAUAUGUAAGUUCCAGUGUUUUUAUUAAUGCGAUCCAAACAGAUGCCGCGUUGAUACAGUGAUGCUGUACUUAAAUGUUAUAAUAUCAUGUAAAUCUAGCUUUGAUCAGUAAAAAGUAUCAUAUUACAGUUCUGUCAAUCAGCUGAUUUCCCAUGAUAACUUCCUUACAGCUGUUGAAACACUCUGAAAACAGACCAUGGAUCCUGGACUACUGGACUCUGUACUCAUAUUACUAAACUUGUAUCAUAAUCUAAUUUUUGACUGGAACAUAUUUGCAAACAUGUUUAACAAUAGGAACUGUGGUAUUUUUCUAAAAAAAAAUGGAUAAAAAUAUGGUUCAAUCUAAAUUCAGAUGUUUAACAGAAAAAGAAGACAAAUACAUAAACUCUGUCAACCCUGAACCAGCUCAAACAAUGAACAAAAGUCUUUUUAGAAGCAUGGAGAUAUUUUAUAAUUAAGUUUUUGAGAUGUUUUUUUUUCUUUUUUUCUAAAAUAAAAUUUAUAGUUUACAAUUUACAUAAAAGAAAAAAUCUGAGACUUGAGCCUUGUGGAACACCACAGCUGCUUCCUUCGUUUCAGCAGGCUUAUCCUGCCCGAUGCUGACUAUGAGGAUCUAUUAAAGGGUUAGUUUAAAACUAAGAUGCUCCAAAGUAUCCAAAAGACACACCUCUGGAAAACAGCUGAUAACGCAUCAGCAGAUGUUUCUGAGGAAGGUUGCAGGUGACAGCCGAAAGGUUUCAGGUACAUUACAACAUCCUAGUACUGUAUGAAUAGGAAUGGGGGAAAGAAAAAGAAAAAAACAUUAAGAUAAGAAGACAAAAUGAAAAUCUUUGAGUUACUCCAAAAUAUGUUUUACCCUAGAAUUGGUUGGAUAUAUUUCCUCCUUUUCUGGAUGAGGGACACGCUUCAGUACUACCUUCCUCAUGAAUUUGGGCAACAAAUAUAAUCAUUGGAUGGAUUGAUUUCUGGACUCAGGGAAAGUUCCUCACUGGCAGGAAGUGAAAAUAAAAACACUUUAACCUCAUUGUUUUCGUUUUAAAAUAAAGAGUCAAGCAUCUAAUAAUAAAGAAGAGUUAUUAAAAAUAAAUCAGUUACAGUAAUGACUGGACCCUCUCUGGAGACACAUUUUCUAACAAGCCUUUAAGUCAUUUUUGAGAUUUACGAUUAUUUUCACUAACUCGUUAUUGAUUCCUUCUUUUUUAAAUGAGGGAGAUUCUUCUCCAAAUGGUAUUUUAGGGAAAGAAACGGACUCUAUUGACGGUUUCUUUUCUGUCCUGCAUGCUGAGGGAAUGAUUUCU